CUAGGCUGGCGCGUGGGGAGGCUGGAUCAGGGAUGGGGCGGGGCGGCCGGGAGGUUGGCAAGGUCCGCCCUGUCUAAGGGACCAAGUAAGGGAUGCUGACAGGCUUCGCUCGGCUGGGCAACUGGCGGCGGUGAGCCGCAGACAGCUUCUUUACAGGGAGGGCCGGAGCUGAGGGCCUUGAGGGACACCUGGAGAAGAGGCCUCAGGCCCUGCCCUGCCCUGCCCUGCAUGCGCAGGUGUCCUCGCGAGCAUCCUCGGUCUUCCUCCCCCGCGGGUGCCUGGGUUAGCGCUGGCCCGCGGGUCUCGCCCCUCCGCACCCCGCUUCGCCCUUUGUUUAGUAGUCUGGCCCUUUUGACACUUCUGGUGGAGUGGAGUUUUCCUCUCCUAGCACAUGAGCUGGAAGUCAAGCCCAGAAUGUAGACGUUGACAUCAGAAUCGUCUCUUGGCUAGGUAUACGUUAAAUGGUCACUCUGAAAAGUGCCUAUGGACAUAGAGAAAAAGACCUUUUUGAAUCUUCUUAAAGCUUAUUUACCUUUGGCACGAUCUCAUAGAAAUCGAUCAAGCAUGUUAACGGGAGCUGCCAUCACCCAAAAUAAACAUUGAGCUUAACAGCACACUUCUCUGUGCACUUUUAUAGCCUCUAUUUGAUCUAGCGCCAAUUGAAAGGUUCCAGAUCUUUCCCCCCCUGAACUGCUGCCUUAGAUAUUACAUGAAAAAAAAAAAGAUGGAUAGAUUUGGACCUAUCAAAUGUUCAAGUUACUUACGAAAGUUGUGUGACCUCCCUAGGUUGGAGUAUUAAAUAUGUAACAUGAAAACUUUGAAUUAGGUCAUCUUUCAGCCCCCUCUUCUUCUUCUUCUUCUUUUUUUUAUGUUUAUGAAUUCUGAGAUCCACCAUCUGCCUUUUCCCACUCUCCAGCUUUUAAAUCUACUCUCCAUCCCCUAGAGAAGGGGCAUGUAGUGUUGAGGAUUCAAGUCUUUUUUACUAAAACAAUCUGGUUGGAAAAGCUGGUCAUUUCAUAACUGUCUUUUUCUUAGAAAAACUGAUUUUUUUAACCCCUCCUUUUAAUAGCAUUAGAAAGCAAGCAGCAAACCCUGAAGAGAUGCUCAGUUUUCCUUGAUUUCUACAGUGAAAGACCUUGAGAAAGUUGGCCCUUCUAGCCUAAGCUUCCCUCGUUCUCCUGCUCACCUCAGACAACCCAGGCUGGACUCUAGCGCUUCCCUCGUCAUCCACAGCAGCGUUUGACUGUUUUCAAUCUAAAAGAACCCUGGUCCCGAACUUCAUAAUUGGUACCUCAGCUGCUCCUGAAGGACAGUGACUUAUUACCAACACAGCAGAGCCUGCCAUCCCCAGCAGAUUGCCAGCACCUAUGACAUCAUCCCCUUCUUUGUCUCAUUCUGUGGUCUCCUAAAUGCUCAUCUCGUUGGCCUGGGUUCAGUUGGUGGUAUGGAGGGGUGCUGCUUAGCACUGACCUGAGAGUGUGUGUGAAACCAACUGACCCAAUGGACAUCAAAGGCCAGUUCUGGAAUGAUGACGAUUCAGAAGGAGAUAAUGAAUCAGAGGAAUUUCUGUAUGGAGUUCAGGGGAGCUGUGCAGCUGACCUGUAUAGACACCCACAGCUUGAUGCAGACAUUGAAGCAGUGAAAGAGAUCUACAGUGAGAACUCCGUGUCCAUCAGAGAAUAUGGAACUAUUGAUGACAUGGACAUUGACCUCCACAUCAACAUCAGCUUCCUCGAUGAGGAAGUAUCUACAGCUUGGAAGGUCCUUCGAACAGAACCUAUUGUGUUGAGGCUACGGUUUUCUCUCUCUCAGUACCUUGAUGGACCAGAGCCAUCAAUUGAGGUUUUCCAGCCAUCGAAUAAGGAAGGGUUUGGGCUAGGUCUUCAGUUGAAAAAAAUCCUGUGUAUGUUUACAUCCCAACAAUGGAAGCAUCUGAGUAAUGAUUUCUUGAAGACCCAGCAGGAGAAGAGGCACAGUUGGUUCAAGGCAAGUGGUACCAUCAAGAAGUUCCGAGCUGGCCUCAGCAUCUUCUCACCCAUUCCCAAGUCUCCCAGUUUUCCUAUCAUACAGGACUCCAUGCUGAAAGGCAAACUGGGUGUACCAGAGCUUCGAGUUGGACGCCUUAUGAAUCGUUCCAUUUCUUGCACCAUGAAGAACCCAAAAGUAGAGGUGUUUGGCUAUCCCCCCAGCCCCCAGGCAGGUCUCCUGUGCCCCCAGCACGUGGGCCUCCCUCCCCCAGCACGGACUUCUCCUUUGGUCAGUGGUCACUGCAAGAACAUCCCCACUUUGGAGUAUGGAUUCCUUGUCCAGAUUAUGAAGUAUGCAGAGCAGAGGAUCCCAACGUUAAAUGAGUACUGUGUGGUGUGUGAUGAGCAGCAUGUCUUCCAGAAUGGGUCCAUGCUCAAGCCAGCUGUCUGUACUCGUGAGUUAUGUGUCUUCUCCUUCUACACACUGGGAGUCAUGUCUGGAGCUGCAGAAGAAGUGGCUACGGGAGCAGAGGUGGUAGAUCUGCUGGUGGCCAUGUGUAGAGCAGCUUUGGAGUCCCCUAGAAAAAGCAUCAUCUUCGAGCCUUAUCCCUCUGUGGUAGACCCCACUGAUCCCAAGACUCUGGCCUUUAACCCUAAGAAGAAGAAUUAUGAGCGACUUCAGAAAGCUCUGGAUAGUGUGAUGUCCAUCCGGGAGAUGACCCAGGGCUCAUAUUUGGAAAUCAAGAAACAGAUGGACAAGCUGGAUCCCUUGGCCCAUCCUCUUCUGCAGUGGAUAAUUUCUAGCAACAGGUCACACAUUGUCAAACUACCUCUCAGCAGGCAGCUGAAGUUCAUGCACACCUCACACCAAUUCCUCCUGCUGAGCAGCCCUCCUGCCAAGGAGGCUCGGUUCCGGACCGCCAAGAAGCUCUACGGAAGCACCUUUGCUUUCCAUGGGUCCCACAUUGAGAAUUGGCAUUCAAUCCUGCGAAAUGGGCUGGUCAAUGCAUCCUACACCAAACUGCAGCUGCAUGGAGCAGCCUAUGGCAAAGGCAUCUACCUGAGCCCCAUCUCCAGUAUUUCCUUUGGAUACUCAGGAAUGGGCAAAGGACAGCACAGGAUGCCUUCCAAGGAUGAGCUGGUCCAGAGAUACAACAGGAUGAACACCAUCCCCCAGACCCGAUCCAUUCAGUCAAGGUUCCUGCAGAGUCGGAAUCUAAACUGUAUAGCACUUUGUGAAGUGAUUACAUCUAAGGACCUCCAGAAGCAUGGGAACAUUUGGGUGUGCCCUGUGUCUGACCAUGUCUGCACAAGGUUCUUCUUUGUAUAUGAGGAUGGGCAGGUGGGCGAUGCCAACAUUAAUACUCAGGACCCCAAGAUACAGAAGGAAAUCAUGCGUGUGAUCGGAACUCAGGUUUACACAAACUGAGGGGGCCCCAGCCCUCGUACCACCCUGUUCCCCAGGAUCCAUCUGCCCUUGUAAAAGGGCUUCGGAGCUGCAAGUGAUGCUGCCCUGAGAAAUUCAAGGGGCAAGAAAAGUAUAAAAGAGGUGGCCUUCAUGGUGGAGAUUGAUCCAGGAACUACUCCACAUUUGGAUGGCCCUGACUGACUCCCACCCCUGAUUUGCCCAAUUGAUUUCACCCCGUUUGUAAAUAAAACAAUAAAAUGGAAGGUGCUGUGGACUGGA